AUGGAGGCAAAAGCAAUGGUUAAAGAGUCGGGCUUUGGAAUGGGUGGGACCAGCAGGUUUGGCAGUACAACCACAGACAACCACAAUCCUAUGAAGGAUAUUGAAGUGACAUCUUCUCCCGAUGACAGCAUUGGUUGCCUGUCUUUUAGUCCACCAACCUUGCCAGGGAACUUCCUUAUUGCAGGAUCCUGGGCGAAUGAUGGCGGCUGCUGGGAAGUUCAGGACAGCGGACAGAGGAUCCCCAAAGCCCAGCAGAUGCACACUGGGCCCGUGCUUGAUGUUUGCUGGAGUGAUGAUGGGAGCAAAGCAUUCACAGCCUCGUGCGAUAAAACUGCCAAAAUGUGGGGCCUCAACAGUAACCAGGCGAUCCAGAUUGCACAGCAUGUUGUUCCCGUUAAGACCGUACACUGACCAAACUACAGCUGUGUGAUGACCGGGAGCUGGGGCAAGACCUUACAGUUUUGGGACACGCGGUCAUCAAAUCCUUUGAUGGUGUUGCAGCUCCCUGAGCGGUGCUACUGUGCUGACGUGAUAUACCCUAUGGCCGUGGUGGCGACAGCCGAGAGGGGCCUGAUCGUCUACCCGUUGGAGAACCAGCCCUCAGAAUUCCGCAGGAUGGAGUCACCGCUGAAGCAUCAGCAUCCGCGUGUGGCCAUCUUUAAAGACAAAAAAAACAAGCCGACUGGUUUUGCUUUGGGGAGCAUUGAGGGCAGAGUUGCUAUUCACUACAUCAACCCCCCAAAUCCUGCCAAAGAUAACUUUACCUUCAAAUGCCACCCAUCCAAUGGAACCAACACUUCAGCCGCUCAGGACAUCUGCGCGGUCAAAGGAAUUGCCGUCCACCCCGUCCACGGCACUCUGGCCACGGUAGGCUCUGACGGCAGGUUCAGCUUUUGGGACAAAGAUGCCAGAACUAAACUAAAGACUUCGGAGCAGUUGGACCAGCCCAUCUCAGCCUGCUGCUUCAACCACAACGGAAACAUAUUUGCUUACUCGUCUAGCUACGACUGGUCCAAGGGACAUGAAUUUCAUAACCCCCAGAAGAAGAACUACAUUUUCCUGCGUAACGCAGCUGAAGAGUUAAAGCCCCGGAAUACGAAGUAGUG